AUGUUCAGUGUCAUCUCUUUAGACAGCUUGUCCAAUACUUCACUUCGCAAUCACCACACGACUAUAGAGAUGUUUUUUUUUUUUUUUUUUGUCGCAGGAUUGUCGAGAUGUGGGAAGUCGGCACGGCUGCGAUGGAUGAAUUACUUGAGGCCAAAUAUAAGAAGAGGGAAUUUUACAGCCGAGGAGGAAAACCUCAUAAUCCAACUCCACGCUGCUCUUGGAAACAAGUGGGCAGUUAUGGCUUCCCAAUUGCCUGGGAGGACCGACAAUGAGAUCAAGAACUUUUGGAACACAAGAUUAAGGAAGCGUUUGAUCCUUGAAGGACUAAACCCAAUCACCCAUCAGCCCUUGAAUCCUUUCUUCUCUGAUUAUGUCAAGCAAUGGAUCAAAUCCGUGGAAAAUGUGAUUGUCGCCAGUAUAAUCACACAAUCGUCAUCUUCUACUACUGCUACUAACAGUAAUGGUAUCAGUAGUAUUAACAGCCAUUCUCUUGAUGCAUGUCUCCCUCCUUUCAUGUCUCUACCAUUAGAACCGACAUUGAAUGGAGAGGCUCUUGAUCAACCCCAACUGUUCGCCACUGGAUCAGUGGGCCCUACAUCGAAAAUCAGUUCAUGGGUUGGUGAAAGUUCUCAUGGUGCUGGUGAGAACUUCGUUGAUGAUUUUAUGUUGGGAGGAGAUUCACCUAAUAAUCUCAGUGAGUAUUUAAGGCAUGAGUUUGGAGACAACGGAGGUGAACCUUGGUUCGGGGACAGCACAAGUGGGGACAUUAGUUCAAUGGCAUCUACUGCGCCUGUAAAUUUGGAAGAGGAAUCCAAGAGAUAAGGCAAAUCACCUACUCUCGCCAGCCAUUCCUGCCAAUGUCACAUGUGUGCAUGAGAUCCAGGCCGUUCAUCAGGUGGGCCAGUCAUGUAUCUUUCAUGGCCCAAAAAUAGGCCAAACUAGUUGUCAGGGGCCCCAGAAAUCUCCAAUUAAUGUCAAGCUUUCAUCUAACUUUCCCAAUAGUCCAUGUUUUCCAUACACGUGUCCAUCUGAUGACCAUAUGUGACAGUGAAGCCCCACCUUGUAAAUAGCAUGG